AUAAAGCAGGCCUAGAAAGAUCACACACACACACACACUACUUGUAAUGUGAAACCUAAUCUGUACUAAACAUAGCUAUAGCUAUAUUGCACAGCACAUAUUUUACGAAACCUGCACAGGGAAGAUCAAUGCGUCAACUGUCCAUUGAGGUGGUUGACCCAUGACAGCGCCGUGAGUGGAGAAAGAAGGGUGUGGAUAAGCAAUCAGUAGAGCAUGCGCAUGACUCAGACACACCAUUGACAGAAAGUGGCAGAGCGAAGAGAAGAAGAGGACUUAUUUGACAAGUUCUUUCUCAACACGUUUUCAACCACAGUGAUGGCAGAUGUUGAACGCCCUGAACUCUUUGAGUUCCAUGGAGUCUCUAUGACACAGUAUUUCACGGACAACUGGGAAAAUGUUCAAAAUUUUAAGGCUCUACCUGAUGAUAUACUCAUAGCCACUUAUCCAAAAGCAGGCACCACUUGGAUGUCUUACAUCCUGGACUUGCUUUACUUUAAGCAGAAAGAUAAGGAGAGAGAGAAGUCUCUGCCGUUAUUUGAACGAGUACCUUUCCUUGAGCUUGUCAUUCCUAACUACUGCACAGGCGUAGAGGCACUUGACACUCUUCCCACCCGUCCACGACUUAUCAAGACUCAUCUGCCUAUUCAGUUUGUGCCAAAGAGCUUCUGGGAACAGAACUGCAGGAUGGUGUACGUGGCCCGUAAUGCUAAAGACAACGCUGUCUCAUACUACCAUUUUGAUCGCAUGAACAUGAUGCAGCCGGAACCUAAGGACUGGAACAGUUUUCUGCAAAGGUUUAUGGAUGGAAAAAUGGUUUUUGGCUCCUGGUUUGACCAUGUGACUGGCUGGUGGAAGAAGAAGCAGACCUGCUCAAAUAUUCUUUACAUGUUCUAUGAAGAUAUGGUGGAGGACACAGGUCGUGAGAUGGAGCGCCUCUUCUCCUUCCUGGGUUUGUCCACUACAGCAGAGGAGAGAGAGAGCAUCAGGGGAGAAGUGCAGUUUGACGCCAUGAAGGCAAACCCCAUGGCCAACUACUCCACUGAUCUUGUGAUGAAUCAGAAGAUCUCUCCAUUCAUGCGCAAAGGGAAAGUUGGUGACUGGAAGAACCAAUUCACUGUGGCUCAAAAUGAGACAUUUGACGAAAACUACGAGAACAAGAUGAGGAACAACACAUUGAAGUUCCGUACACAUAUCUAGCAAGACUCAAAGUUAACUGUGAAAUGACAUGAACAAAUAAAAAAAAUGUUUUUAUGUCUUAUGAUUAUAUUGUAUACAGUAAAGAAAAUCAAUUGUCUUUCCAUCCUCCAAUAGACAAAUAUGAGAUAUGUUUAAUUGGGCUAUAUCAGUAAAUAAUCUAUCUAGAUCUUGGUGGAAAUAGAUUUUGAAGAUAAUGACACACACAAACUAUUUCAAACAAGCAUUUUCUCCUCACACACAAGUAAGAGCUUGUCUUCAACGUAUGACUGCACACAAAUGAAAGAGAAACAAACUUCAGCAUGAGAGAUUGGGGAAAUUUUUAUUGUUGAGCAAUUAUAUGACUCCUGCUCAGAGAAACAUUUGGACACAAAGGACCCACAGUAGCAAGUGGCACACCUCUUAUCGGCAUGAUUACUCAUUCUCACAAGUCACAAAUGUCUCAUGUGUCCCCACAGAAAUCAUUAUGACAUGGUCACAGAAAUCACAACAACUGCAAAAUAACACUACUGUCAACACUGACAACUUGUUACUUAUCAACUGGUACCUGAGUGGGUCAUUUAAAUGGAUAGAAACAGCAGACAGUGGCAUUGACAGUGUCUGUACCACAUCAACAGACCCCGGCCAUACAGAAGGAGGUGAGGAGAUGUGGGGAAACAGGAAACAGCUGACCUUGUUGCACAAUAAUGUUGAUUUGACUUGGAUAACACAUGUAUGCCUACUGUACUUUUGUGCUUGAAACGGUCCUUUCUCACAAUUAAUGAUAUUUUAGACCAUCUGUAGGAAACAUGCUUUACGGGGGGAGAAUAAAACAGUUAUACGUUA